GAUUCUCCAAUAACUCUUCACCAUUUUCCCUAUUAUAUAACAACAACCUACAAACUAUUAGCUAACUCAUAUUUUCUUAAACACAAAUACAAGGUCAAGUACAGUGUCUUUACAAAAAUCUUGAAGAAGAAAAUCAAGAAAGUGUUAGAAUUUUGUGUUUAUUAUUUGAGAUUUAAUUGUGUAGAAGCUUUUAUUACAAAAUAUGGAGAAAAGUUUGAAUCUUAAGGCAACUGAACUUAGAUUGGGUUUGCCAGGGUCAGAGGAAGAAUCUGAUCACCAACAAAUUGUCUCCAAUUCCAAGAACAACAAAAGGGGCCCUGAAUCUGAAGAGGAUGAAUCAAAUUCAGAUUAUGAAGCCACAACACCCCCUGUUGCCAAGGCACAAAUAGUGGGGUGGCCACCAGUGAGAUCUUACAGGAAGAACACCUUACAAGAUCAAUGUGGAUUUUAUGUCAAAGUUAGCAUGGAUGGAGCCCCUUUUCUUAGAAAAAUUGAUCUUAAAUUGUACAAUUGUUACACUGAGCUACUUAAGGCAAUUGAGAACAUGUUCAAGCUCAAUAUAGGUGAAUAUUCAGAGAGAGAAGGCUAUAAAGGUUCAGAAUUUGCACCUGCUUAUGAGGAUAAAGAUGGUGAUUUGAUGCUUGUUGGAGAUGUUCCUUGGGAAAUGUUCAUAUCAUCAUGCAAAAGGCUGAGGAUAAUGAAAGGAUCAGAGGCAAGAGGCUUGGGAUGUGGAAUAUAAU